ACUUUCCAAGUGGAAGAAAGACCACACCCCGUUAGACGACAAUCAACGUGAAGCAUUCUCAUCCUUCACAUUUUAAAUCACUUAAAGCACACACCACAAAGCCAUAUUCACGCUUAUAUUUUGUAACUUCCAAAGUACCACUCAUAUUCCUUGUUGUCCCCUCACUGGGGUUGAUUUUCUAAUUUUCUUGCAUGUAAGAAGACCCUACUUUGGGAUUUCGUAAAUCGUUGCUCCGGAAUUAGUACUUGUUCAGUUCAGCAAUAAAGUUUCAAAGCGAUAUAAAAUAAACACUCUGCUUCCUUACCCUUCUGCCCUGAAUAAAAUAUAUAACCAAAAAUAUAGUAAGCUUAAAUGAGAUUUCAAUUGGCUCUACAUUUUUUCACUCUUUUUUGUGUUUUCAACUGUAAGGUAAAUAAACUAUAAUGAGCUAGAAGUCUGUCUCUGACGUGGUGGACGUUGAUCAAGAAUCUACACCAGCCGCUUGUGACUUUGUUUCUGGAGCAGGAGGAGCUUAUUUCUAGUGCCAUGAAGAGAACAAGUGAAUGGAUUUUUCCUCAUGAGUUUCCAAGUGAUGUCACUGUUCAAGUUGGUGAAGCUUCCUUUUCGUUGCACAAGUUUCCUUUAAUUUCAAAGUGUGGAUACAUAAGAAAACUGGUCUCAGAAUCCAGCGAUGCUGAUGUUUCAUUCAUUGAACUCUAUGAUGUCCCUGGUGGAGCAGAAGCAUUUGAACUAGCAGCAAAAUUCUGCUAUGGGAUAAACUUCGAAAUAAGCAUUGAAAACAUUGCAAUGCUUAGGUGUGCGGCAGAGUAUCUUGAGAUGACAGAGGACUAUUCAAUUGGGAAUUUAGUGGGAAGGAGUGAUUCAUACUUGAAUGAAGUGGCACUUAACAGUAUUGCUGGGGCUGUGUCUAUCUUACAUAUGUCAGAACAACUCUUUCCAUUUGCAGAGAAAGCGAAAUUGGUGAGCCGGUGCAUAGAUGCCAUUGCAUUCAUAGUUCCUAAGGAAAGUCAAUUUUGUUCAUCUAGAAGAAGAGAUAUUAGCAGUGAUGGCUUGGGAUGUCACCAAAAGCAAGUAGUUGAUUGGUGGGUUGAAGAUCUCACAGUUCUCAGAAUUGACAUUUUCCAAAGAGUUAUAGUUGCAAUGAUGGCAAGAGGGUUUAAACAGUAUGCUGUUGGUCCUAUUGUAAUGCUCUAUGCACAGAAAUCACUACGAGAUUUGGAGAUAUUUGGGAAGGGUAGGAAGAAGAUGGAACCACAAGAAGAGCACGAGAAGAGGGUUGUUAUAGAGACACUAGUGAACCUUCUUCCAAGGGAGAAGAAUGCAAUGUCAGUGAGCUUUCUUUCUAUGUUGCUUCGGGCAGCGACAUAUCUUGAGACAACUGUUGCUUGCAGGCUUCAUUUGGAGAAGAGAAUGGCCAUGCAAUUGGGACAAGCUGUUUUGGACGAUCUUCUUAUCCCUUCUUAUUCAUUUACGGGGAACACUUUGUUUGAUGUAGAUACAGUGCAGCGAAUCAUGAUGUGUUACCUUGAAUCUGAAAUGGGAAAUUAUUCAGAAUGUAGUGCAGAUGAUGAAUACUUCUCUCCUUCACAAAAAGGUAUUUACAGGGUUGGAAAGCUAAUGGAGAACUACCUUGCGGAAAUAGCUGCAGACAGAAAUUUACCCGUUUCAAAGUUUAUUAGUCUUGCUGAACUAAUUCCUCAGCAUGCUAGACCAACAGAAGAUGGCAUGUAUAGAGCCGUAGACAUUUAUCUCAAGGCUCAUCCUAUUCUAAGUGACAUGGAGAGAAAGAAAGUUUGCAGCGUAAUGGAUUGCCAGAGGUUAUCACGAGAAGCAUGUGCACACGCUGCUCAAAACGACAGGCUUCCGAUCCAAACGGUGGUUCAAGUUAUUUACCAUGAACAGCAACGUCUUCGCGAAACCAUGGACGGCAACGUAGGUUGGGAUUCUCUAUCGGCUCCAGAAAAGGUGAAUGUAUACUCCAAUGAACUUAAUCCAGUUUCAAAUGAGAUCUUCAGCUUAAGAAGAGAAAAUGAAGAACUAAAAUUAGAGAUAGUGAAAUUGAAAAUGAAAUUAAAAGAGAUUGAUAAAUUUGCAAUUAAAUCAGCGUCAAGCACUCCUGUAAUAUAUGCUUCACCUCCUGUUGGUAAGCCUCCUCUGCAUCGAAUAUCAUUUCUAAACUCAGUGUCCAAAAAACUUGGCCGUCUUUCUCCUUUUCCACGCGCCGAUUCGGUCACAGCUCCUCCCAAAGGUCGCACAAAACCGGAUAAGAAUCGACGCCACUCCAUAUCCUAGAACUAUUGCCACAGGUUCUUUCAUGUUUUCAGAGGCUUGUAAACAGAACUAGCCUUUCCUAGUUUUGCUUUAGUGUUUUACUCAUGCAAACAUCAAGAACUUUAAAUGUAUUUAUUAUAGGGUGAUAAAAAUAACAGAAUUUCUCAGUCAUUGCUUGCAUUUCAGUCUAGCUGGAGAGGGGCGAUAAUAAUGUUUUCCUACGAAAAUAAGAAAAAAAAAUAUUUUUUUUAAGUAUAUGUCCACUGCACAAAUAUAAAAUUAAUAUAUAUUUUUUUAUUAAAAACAAUAUUAUUUAACGUCAUUAAUAUAUUAAAUUUUGUAAUAUUGGGUGACUUUUAAUAAAAAUUGACUGUAGAUAAAUUCUUGUUAUGUAUUUUUGAAAACACAUGAAUGAAAAAAAUCAAUUUAUCAUCCGUAUUUAUUCCAAAAAACUAGUGUUAUUGUUAGAAACAGAUUGUGUCUAAUUCAUUGCCAAAAUUUAGUGAAAAAAAUUAUUAUCUCAACCUUAUAAACAAUAUUCUGGUCAUAUUUUUACUUAAAACAGGACAUUUUAAUAUUUCCUAUUCAUCAUGUGCACAAGUAAUUCUAAAAUCUUAUAUUUACCAGCAUUUUUAUUCUUGGCAAGCAACAAAUAAAGGCAUAGAUUGGACAAUGUGAAAGAUUUUCAUUUUAUUCAGUCAUUAAAAGUGUAAUAUCAUAGCUACUUACUAAAUAUUCAAAUACUUGUAAUUCUGUCUGUGAUG